GGCCCGGCAGAGGGGACAGAGGGUGCUGUUGAGGGUCCCCCCCCGCCGGCCCUGUGGGGCCAACGCAGAGCUGUGAUGGGGUGGGGGCUCAGCAAACGUCCCUCCAUGGCCAGCACAGCAGCACGGGGUGACACGUGCCACCAAGAGGUGCCCUCAUCCCAGGGAUGAUACUGGCACCCACAGCACUGCUCUGGGUGCCCAGGGCUGUCCCCCUCGCCCGGGCUGCGUUGUCCGUCCAGGGUGGCUGCUCGCCCGCAGCCUCCCCUUCUCUCCUUCCUCGCGCUGGCGCUCGGCCCCGCUGCAACCCGCUGACGAAUCCUGCUUGCAGUUCCUAUGGCAGAAGCCGCUUCCCCUCCCUCUCCCCGCUAAUCCGCCCGUGCAUGCAGCCUUCACCUGCUGAGCCAGCAGGAGCCGUGCUCAGCCGUCCCCAGCCAGCGCCAGGGCUCCAAAACCCACUCCGGCUGCAGAGUCUCCACACCCCGGACCCGCCGCCCCAGGAUACCCCGACCCCGCUCGGCACCGGGCAGCGAGGAGGCAGCAGGCAGCGAGGCGGCAGCAGGCAGCACCAGCUGGCACUGGGAGAGCUGAGCCCUCGAGGUCGGCUCGCACGAGGAAGCAGAGGGACGGCGGGGCGCUGGAGAUCUGCGUGGCUCCCUGCGAGCGGUGACGUUCCCGGCUGGAUCUGCGUGCCACGGGCAGAGGUCAGGAGGGGAUCGCAGACCUGCUCCCUACCUCGUCCCAGCCGGGCUCAGGCCAUCAGCGUUGGGCCCAGUACCAGUGCUGGGCAAAGCACCAGCUGUUUCCAGUUUGGAGCGGAAACCGUUUCCGUAGCUGUUUGCUUCUUCUGGGAGGCUUGUUAUUGUACUCGCAAAGGCGAAGACGAGAACACGAGACUCACUUGGGAGCAGAAGGCUCUGCAAAGGCAACGCGCCCCGUCAAGAUGAAGCAAGGCAGCUUGGCCAUUCAGCAAGGGCUCGUGCUUGCGGGGCAGUAAGUGAGGUGUCACCGGCUGCGUGAUUUGUCACCUUCCCUCACGGAGGAGGUGUCAUUCCCCUGAGACCACACGCCAGCAUUGGCAUCAUGCAGCCCAAGGACCGUGCAUCGCUCCUGAGGGCGGACGUGGCCCUCAGGGGGCUGAAGUGCCUCUCCUGAGACAAGCCCCACGAGUGAAAUUUCUUCUGUCUUGCACCAGCCAGAGCUGAAUUUUAAUGGACUCUCUCUCCCAGCCUUAGCCUUCCUCACUCCACGGUGUCUUCCUUGCUCCGGGUGUCUUCCUUGCUCCGCGUCUCCUCCUUGCCUGAAGGAAGGCACCAUUAGAGCCCACCCUGCAAGUGGGUGGUGGGUGGUCAUGCAGGUCUGUGUGCAGAGAAGCAGCCAGAGGCCCGCGCUGUGCUUAUGAGCUGGAAGCUGCCUUUCUCCUCGCCUCCCCCUCGGGUAUUCCUGCUGGCCUCCCGUCUGCCUGCGGUCACCGGUGGCUGCGACGUCUGUUCAGCGCUAAUGGAUUUCAAGCCCCGUGUCUCCAUCGAGAGACGGCUCUACUGAGAGAUGUUGAUCCCAGUGCUCGGGAGCGGCUGUGCAGGCAGGACCAGAGCCGUGAAUUAGAGAACAUUUUAAACCGUACUUUGGUGGUGGUAAGUGCUACGCACCCCGCUGCUGAAAGCCUGGGGUGAGGCAGUGGCUACAUCCACCCUGUCCUGAAGCGGAGACUUCCCAGAAUAUCCACUCAAAGACGGAGAGCAGCCACGAGACUUGUUGUGACCUGCGCUGACACUUGCUGCAUAAGAUGACAGCAAGAGACGGGCCCCAAGAUAGGUACAAGGCUGUCUGGCUGAUCUUCUUCAUCCUUGGCCUGGGAACGCUGCUGCCAUGGAAUUUCUUCAUGACUGCCAGGGAGUAUUUCAUCAGCCGCCUUGCGGAUCCAGAGGAGACAAGCCACUUGUGGAACGAGACCAGUGGGGCUGCCUUGCCCCCCUCCUACCUGCAGUCCAUGUUUGACAACUUCAUGACACUCUGCGCCAUGGUGCCCCUCCUCAUCUUCACCUGCCUCAACUCCUUCAUCCACCAGCGGAUUCCUCAGCAGAUCCGCAUCUUGGGCAGCCUGGUGGCCAUUGGGCUGGUGUUUUUAAUCACCGCGAUCAUGGUGAAGGUUGAAAUGGAGCCUCUUCCCUUCUUUGUCUUUACCAUGAUCAGCAUCGUCUUCAUCAACUCCUUUGGCGCCAUCCUCCAGAGCAGCCUUUUUGGGCUGGCAGGGCUGCUGCCUGCCAGCUACACAGCUCCCAUCAUGAGUGGGCAGGGCUUGGCGGGCACCUUUGCCGCUUUGGCGAUGAUCUUCAGUAUUGCCAUUGGCGCCCAGCAACCUGAAAGCUUCAUCGGUUACUUCACCACGGCCUGUGUGGCGAUCGUACUGGCAAUUUUCUCCUACAUCCUUCUGCCUCGCAUGGAUUUCUUCCGAUACUACUCCAUGAAGGACAAGACAGAGUACCGUGUGUACAAUGCAGAGCUGGAGACCAAGAGAGACCUGAUUAAGAAAGACGAGCCCAAUGGGAUGGAGCAGAAUAACUCAAAGGUCAUCCCUAUCCACAACCCUGAUGAGAAGCCCUCAGUCAUCACUAUUUUUAAGAAGCUCUGGGUCAUGGCUCUGUCUGUCUGCUUCGUCUUCACUGUCACCAUCGGCGUCUUUCCUUCCAUCACAGCUAAGGUGUCCACUGUCCUCGGAGAGGGAAACAGAUGGGGUCUCUACUUCAUCCCUGUUUCCUGCUUCCUGCUCUUUAAUGUCUUCGACUGGACGGGACGGAGUCUCACUGCCCUCUUCACGUGGCCCGGGAAGGACAGCUGCCUCCUGCCAGUGAUGGUGGCCCUCCGAGUCAUCUUUAUCCCCCUUUUCAUGCUGUGCAACGUGCAACCCCGUUACUACCUGCCUGUCGUAUUCUCUCAUGACGCCUGGUACAUCAUCUUCAUGAUCUUCUUCUCCAUCUCCAAUGGCUACCUGGCCAGCCUUUGCAUGUGCUUCGGGCCCAAGAAAGUGCUUGCCCACGAAGCAGAGACAGCUGGAGCCAUCAUGGCCUUUUUCCUGUCGCUGGGCUUGGCCCUAGGAGCUGCCGUCUCCUUCCUGUUCCGAAUUCUCAUCUAGCAGAGGCACCCAGAGGGUGCAGGGACACCGAGACACGGCUCCGCAUCCUCCUCCGAGGCCCUGGAUACCUCGGCACUGUGGGGAAAUAACACCUCACGCCUGCCCCUGCCAAAUCGCACUGCCACAGCAGACAUUACACCCAGGGACGGUUCCACUCCUGCAGGGUUGGCCUGGCUCCUGCCACGCUCGGCUGUGUGAUGCCUUCAGGCCUAUGUGCCUUCUCCUUUCCCAUGCUCUGUGUGUGUGUGCAAGAUCCCUGGGAUCUCACAGAGGUCCAGUCGCCUCCUACGCUGUGUUAUUUCCCCAGCUCAAGGCCAAAAGCCAUUGUCAGCCGCCUCCUCUGCGACAGAGUUGAAGGCUGGUAUCCAGUGUUAUUCCCUUUCUUGCCCUUGUCCCCAAGGCACCUAGGGACUUGCUCUCCUCUCCUUCCAGGGGGCCUGGAAACAUCCCACACCACUUCUCCUGCUGACGAGACUUGCAAAUGGGGAGGAGAGUCCCCGCCAGCCUCUCCAUCCCCACUCUCUGUUAGGCGCGCGUCCCCCUGCCAGCAGCAUCCCAGGGACACAGAGGUCUGCGUCCCACCCACAUGAAAAACCAACACCAUGGCUAAGCUGAGGGAAGAGAUCUCCACAACCCACCUUCUCGCCUUCUCCUUUGCCUUUGUUCCCUGCUUUUGUUUUUGUCAUUCUGCCAUUGUUUUCUUCCCACCCCCUGGUUGUGUGACAGGAGCCCCCACACUGGGCUGCGAGAGGCAAUUCCCUUCCCACACAGGCUGCCUUCCCUGCCUGCCUGUGCUGCAGGGGGGAAGCGGGGUGUCUGACCUCUCCCUUGGCUUUCCUAUCCCUCGUCUGUGUAAAUGUGUCUGUACAGUUGCUGUUUUCUAUAAAAAAAGACCAAAACGCC